AGAAUCAUUUCGGUGCAUAAGGUCCAUUGCAUAACCUACAUUCCUUGGCAUCACGUGAUGAAUCAUGGCAGAAUUAGGGAAGGCAAACAAUGGUGCAACGAACAAACGAUUGAGGAGCACUCCGACUAGAAGGACUCCUGUAAAUAGGCCUAAAAGACGUCCUGCUGUCUCUGCUGCUGCCAUCAAAGGUAUUCAAUUAGUAUAGCGGCGUGGUGAACAGAAGGAGAAGGUUUUCGAGUUGAGGCUGUUUCUCAGGACCAUCAUUCAUUGCGUAGCACCAGUCCACUAUUCCUAACUUUUAAUUUUGUGGCGUUCUAUUUGGUUUGUGAUAACAUCAGCCCACUUUUCCACCUAGUUCCACCUGUGUGUUACUACUUCAUGUACAAUUACAGCUGGCUCUAAUUAACUCACCUCUAUGUGGUGAAGAGGCUGCUUUCUGAACGAUUUCAAGUUGAAUCUGUUUUUCAGUCAUUCAAUAGUGAGAGACUGUAUAUAUCGUAAUAUAUCACCAAUUGAUGGCACCUCAUUGAAAUGCCUCCUCCACUCAAGGGGUAUCAAUAAUCGUUAUAUUGGGAAGAUUGCAAUGCUAGCCAAGUCAAGGGAAGAUCUGGACCACUUACAUAGGAUCUGUGUUACUGAGAUGAUACUAAGAAGAGAUUCAGGAAGCUUUUAUUAAUGACUCCAUUGAACCGUGUGUCAGUCAAUGUGGCUUAUUUCCUCAACUGUUUACUAACUGAUACUGAAGAGAUUGUUUCUGAUGAAGUUGCUGCUACAAAAAAGAAGUCCAAGAAGAAGAAGGGAGGAGGAAGUGGUGGUGGUGGUGCUAGUGGUCCAGUCACUAAAACUACAUCUGCUGGAAAAGACUUGUCUCAAGGAAAGUUAUGGAAACUGUUAGUGGAAGAUGUACUUCAGCAUUUCCUGUACACAUUGGAAUAUAAUUCUGCAACUCACAUGUGUACUACUUGUGGUGUUAGCAGAGUCUCUCUUCUCAGGGAAUUCUGUAACAAAACAGGAGUACAGAUUACAUCGAAGGAUUACAAAUUUUCCUUGACUGCUCCAUUGAAUGAAGGUGAUCUUGCCUGUAUUGUACCUGUUGUUAAGCACACUGAUUUUAAACCUCUUGAAGCCUCUGGUUUGUAUGAGUUGGCUCAGGUUCAGUUGCAGUCUGGUAAUAUUGAAGUUGCUCUUGACUAUCUAUCUGGAGCUGUGCAAUUGUUUGCUCAAGUCUUUGGGCCACAACAUGUCAACAUAGCUAACUGUUAUAAAGUUAUUGCAUGAAUUCAUCAUGCUCUAGGUGACAGUAAACUAGCAAUAUCAUUUCAGCACAAAACUGUCAUUAUGUAUGAGAGACUGCUAGGAGUGGACCACUGCAGCUCUAUAUCAGCCUAUUUCCAUUUGGCUUAGUAUUGCUGUGGGGCUGAGAGGAAUGUUGUGGUGUUGAGAUUACUGUAUAGAGUUAUGUAUCUAAUAAUGUUAACACUUGGUGAGGAUCAUCCUGAAAUGUCUAAUGUUGAUUUUUACAUUGGUUUACUAUUGAGUAAUGCUGGUCAUUAUGAAGAAAGUCAGGCAUAUCUGGAAAGUGCUCGUAGAUUACAAAACA